GAGUGGUUGAAUUCCCGAUACUACAUCGUGCAUAAGCUUGGCUUUAGCGCAUACUCGACCAUAUAAAUAGCCAGAGAUAAGAAAACUGAAAAAUAUAUCGCCAUCAGAAUCACCAUCGCAGAUAGUAAUCCGGCCAAGUCGCAAGAAAAAGAUAUUCUCCGUCAACUGAAUAGUACAGAGUCGAAGACCAAGUCUCAUCCUGGCAGCGCCAGCAUCCCACCGAUAUUAGAUAAAUUUAUAAUCCCCGAAUCUAACAAUAAACACCAAUAUUCUAUCACACCCGUUGGAAUGAUGAGCCUAGCCGAGACCAAAAAUACUUCAUCAAUUCGACUGUUACAAUUACUGGUGGCCAGAGCUUUCGCUGCCCAGCUGGUCUUAGCAGUAGCAUAUCUUCAUUCGCGAGAUAUUGUCCACGCUGACCUUCAUCCUGGCAAUAUCUUGGGUCUUCUUCCCAGAAACAUGGAUCCGCUCUCACGAGAGCAACUUUACGAAAAAUAUGGACAACCCCAUCACGAGCCAGUCAUCUGUUUAGAGGAGGCGCGUCCACAUCCCGACGGGGUCCCCGCAAAUGCUGUCGUGCCCAUCUGGCUGGGGAAAGCAAGCGAAUGUGUGUCUCUGGCUGAGGCUCACAUACUUGUCACUGACUAUGGGGAGUCUUUCAUGCCAGCCACGAUAAUGCGCCAUCAUUCCAACACCCCCCAUACGCUCAUUCCUCCAGAGAUUCACUUCGAACCCGAAGAGUCAAGACAGACAAGCUGCGCCAUUCUGGAGAUAUCCUCUAGAUUGCCUUGUUCUAAGGUAGCUCGCUCACCAUGGAUCCAGGAUAUCACUGGCAAGUACUACUUUGACCAUGGCCGGAAAUACUAUUUGUUC